CGGGACCGUGGUCGCCGCCCCGCUGGGAGCCGCCGGACAUCACGCCUACACUCUUAUAUUGAGCUAUGCCUGAAGAAAAGAUUUUGAAUUGAUAAGACAUCUUGAAGAAAGGACAAUCAGCAUAUCUCUAGUACCUGAGUGUUUGCUAAUAUGUCAGUCUGUCUGGCUGCCACUUCUUGGACAGCUGACAAAUGGAGUUUGUUAACCUAGAAAGCUGGAAACCAACCCUGACUCUUGGUGAUGCAGGCACGUUGCUGUCCUGACAGGUUUUGUGGCUCCCAGUUUUUCAACCUUGAAGUCUUUUACAAUCAAAGCAAAGAGAAGAUUUGUGGAUGUUGAAUAUGCAAGGAGCUGAAGAGAGAGAGAUUGAAAGAGAGAUUUGUCCAGGUUGGGUGAACAAGCCUGCUCCAGAGCAGGAUGGCUCUGAAAUUGAUUUGCCAGGGAUAGCAUCAAAGAGAUCCCAAGAGGAUGAAUACCAGGAUUCUACAUUUGCAGAAAAAUAUGUAUGUGAGAGCAUGAAGGAAAACCCUCCCAGAGAGGUUCCUGGACCAUGCCUUGUCCAAGAAGGUUUUGGGGGAAUAACUUUCAUCCACAAGGAAGCACCUCCAGAAAUGAUUAGACAAGAAUAUAAUUUUGAGAGAAGCGUGCUUUUGACCUCAAGCCUUGUUACACAUCUCAGGGUUUCUACAGAAGAGAGCCUACAUCAGUGGGAGACAAGUAGCAUAAACACCAAUGAGAUUUCAGACCAAAGUAAUUGUCCGAUCUUCUCUACACAGAAAAAAUCUUGGAAAUGUAGUGAAUGUGGAAAAUCUUUUAAUCAGAGCUCAUCCUUUACCCAGCAUCAGAGAACUCAUACGAGACCCUACACAUGUGAGGAAUGUGGGAAAACUUUUAGUCGUAGCUCAUUCCUUGUUCGACAUCAAAGAAUUCACACCGGGGUGAAACCAUAUGGAUGUGAGCAGUGUGGGAAAACAUUUCGAUGUCGAUCAUUUCUUACUCAGCAUCAGAGAAUCCACACUGGAGAGAAACCAUAUAAAUGUAAUGACUGUGGGAAUUCCUUCCGCAAUCAUUCACAUCUCACUGAACACCAGAGAAUUCACACUGGAGAGAAACCUUAUAAAUGUAAUAGAUGUGGGAAGGCGUUCAGUCAGAACACACACCUCAUUCAUCAUCAGAGAAUUCACACUGGCGAGAAACCUUAUUUAUGCAAUGAAUGUGGCUCUUCUUUUCGCAAACACUCAAAUCUUACACAACAUCAGAGAAUUCACACUGGGGAAAAACCCUAUAAAUGUGAUGAAUGUGGGAAGACUUUCCAUACAAAGGCAAACCUCUCUCAGCAUCAGAGAAUUCAUACUGGAGAGAAACCCUAUAAAUGUAAGGAAUGUGGGAAAGCGUUUUGUCAGAGCCCAUCCCUUAUUAAACACCAGCGAAUUCAUACUGGAGAAAAACCCUAUAAGUGUAAGGAAUGUGGCAAAGCGUUUGCUCAGAGCACCCCACUCACUAAACAUCAGAGAAUUCAUACAGGGGAAAAACCCUACAAAUGCAGUGAGUGUGGUAAAGCUUUCAUUCAGAGCAUUUGCCUUAUUCGGCAUCAGAGAAGCCACACCGGAGAAAAACCCUAUAAAUGCAAUGAAUGUGGGAAGGGCUUUAACCAGAAUACCUGCCUCACUCAGCAUAUGAGAAUUCAUACUGGAGAGAAGCCCUAUAAAUGUCAGGAAUGUGGGAAAGCCUUUGCUCACAACACGUCUCUUACUGAACAUCAUAGAACUCACACUGGUGAGAAGCUCUAUAAAUGUAGUGAGUGUGAAAAAACCUUCCGCAAGUAUGCACACCUUAGUGAACAUUACAGGAUUCACACUGGUGAGAAGCCUUAUGAGUGCAUUGAAUGUGGAAAAUUCUUCAGACAUAGUUCAGUCCUUUUCAGACAUCAGAAACUUCACAGUGGUGAAUAAACCUGACAUUCAGGUUAUGACAGUUUCUCUAGAGACAGUGACUAGGAAUCUGGCUGGGGAAGAGGGACAGGAAGAGUUCCUAGAGGGAAGGAUAAAGGAGCCUUGGAUACUGCACUCAGGAGGGUAUUUUGAGAAAUGGAGGUGGGAGCUUGGAGAAUGCAGGGCCUACUCCAGGUGGGCAUCUGAGAAUACAGGGUAGGAAAGAAGUUUCUACUUUUCAGAGAAAUCCUUGCUCUUUCUUUGCCAUUCCUUUGUCUCCAUGGCAUUCUCAUACCUGGAGGUGCCAUUUAAGUUAGCACUGUGUUUCCCUUAUUACACCCCUGCUUCACCUUCCCAACUUGUCACCUGUGUUCACUGGUCAUAGGCUGAGGUGCUUUUCCAAAUUGAUUGUCGGUGUGAAAGUGGCAGCAGCUCUGAGGUAGUGCUGAGUAGCCUGCAGAUGCCUGAGGCCGUUCUGACCAUGCCACCGUGGGGAGGCUGCCCAUCUGUGGAAGUGUUCCCGUGAAGGGGAGAUAGAAACAAGUGAAAACAGAAUCCUUAGUCAUUCAUCUAUUCAGCAAAUAAGGGGAUAUGUGGCAAGAGCUGGGCUGAUUGCUACAGAAAAGUUGGUGAAGAAGGCUUUUAUCAGGGUGAGGGAGAGCUUCCUGAUCCUUUCAAGCUGGAGGGUGACUUGGGGCUAAGAAGGAAAUAAGAGAUCAAGAGAGACUUCUCUUGAAUGAUGUCAGUUUGUGGGAAGGAAGUCAGAUCUGCUCAGAGGGUCACAGAGAGGAAGACCUAACCUCUUUCCCAGAGGAAUAUUAUCUUAUCCAGAAAGAAAAUGGUUUGUGCUAGGCUGCUAGUGCUAAGAAGCCUCAGAGCAGGAAGCCUACCUGUGACUGAGCAAGCUACCCACAUAUCCCUGUCCUAGACUAGGCUGUACACCUGUCUCUUGUAAGUUUGGCUGGGGCACUAGUGCACAGGGACCAGGGGAGAGGGGCCCACUAGGAUUAACAAAGUGGAACUUGGUUUGUUAGCCUUUAGAGAGGAGAAAGCAUUAGUGAUGAAAUGGUCACCGUAGUGGGGAUGGCUAGGUUUUGUGUAAUCAUGGCAUUGGUGGCUCUAACCAUGGAUUCAUUAGAUCUCAGAUAUUUCUGUUUUUAUUGGGCCUCUUAUUCCAGGAUAUUUAUCAUUCCCCGCGGAUUAGGAGUAUCUAGGGAAACACCUCUCGUGGGAUGAAUUUGGAAAGAAUUCUAGAGAGAAUUACCUCUUUUUCAAAUCCCUGAAAAUUGAGAUAACACAGUUUGCCAUGACUGUGAUGGUAUUUUAUUCUUUUGAGAGAAAGGAAGGGUAUGUUUCCCCUUUAUUUCCCCAUUCUCUUUCAUGUUCUUAACUGCUACCCAGAGAUUCAGCUCUGGAAGAUAAAGUGAAGAUAGCCUUUGACUAGUAUUUGAAAUAGUUUCUAUGCUCUGAAGCUUAUAUAGUUUUAAAAAUAUGACUAUUAAAAAACUAAAGUAAGUUAAUUCUGGAAUGGUUAUUUGGAACUCAGCAUCGAUUUUUUUUUUCCAGAGCAAGUGUCUUACAAGCAUUGGUUUGAGCAAUUAAUUACCAAUAAUGGGAAUGUGGCAGAAAUAACAUACUUUUCCCUCUCCAGCUAUAAAGAUUAUGUUCUCAAACCUGCCAUAGGACAAUUCAUAAUUGAGUAAAUUAAUAUCUUAUGGGCAAAAAUAACCCUAUGAAAACUUUAUAUUAUAUGCUCAUGGAAAAAAAAUAUAGUCUACUGAAAGCAAAUGUCAAUGUAUUUUUUUCUAAAUGAAAAAAACCCACUAAACUCAUUGCUAGCAUGUAGUAAAUGUUCAAUAAAUAUUUAUUUGUUGAAUUAAUAUA